UUCCUGUUGUGCUCUCGGCUUCAAACUCGCACCCCGUCUGAGCUGGAGUACAGUCAGUCCAAAGGAGCACUGUGCUUCAUUAACCCUCUGUUCAUAAAGGUCCACCAGCCAGACGGUGGCAAGCAGCACAUCUCUUUCAACACCUCUGAGACAGCAAAACCAGGCCUGAGGGAAAAGUCCGACAUAAAAACCACCAACACUGAAGAUCAGGACUCAGGUUCUGAAUAUCUUCAGGUCUGUAGGUCAGACCGGUGUGACAAAGCCCAGUCAGCUCAAAGACAUAUACAGAGCCUUUGUGGAAGCUCUUCUGAUAAUGCACAAACUAGUAGCAACCAGAGACUAAGUGCUGGAGAAAGUGUGACACAGUUCCUACCAUCUCCUCCAUUUCUGCUUCAACUUCACUCUCAGUGCUCUGCACCACCUGUCCAACAGCAAAACAUGCCUGUAAAAGUUGCCUGGAUCAACGAUCCCAAAGAGGAGGAGGACAAGCAGAGCAAACCUCUUUCUAGUCUUGGAUCCUCAUUUAGUACCAGCCUCUCAACAUCACUAUCCAGGACAUGUAGCAUCAGCGCCCUCCCAUCCAUUCCCCAGCAACCCAUGCCCCUCUCUUUGACAUCUCUGUCUUCUUCUCCACGCCAAUCCAAAGUCUCAUUAUCAUCAGCCAGUUAUGAGGAUGCUCAAUGCUAUUUGGCCUUAGAGGACAAGCCAAAUGAGGUUGCCAUUCGUAGGACCAAUUUGUCAAGGCAAAAUGUAGUUAGAUCCUCAAUACAAGACUCAUACAGCCCCUCAAAAGCUUCCCUAACACCUGUAGACAAGCAUACAGAAAACUUAACUGUGGGAGAAGUUUUGGAAGGAUGUAGUGUGUCCAGCCAGUGGAUGAGUGACAUGAGCCUCUCCACAGAUUCCUCAGAUUCCCUGGAUAUUUUGCAGAGUUCAGCCUACUUUAUCCCUCCUCUGCAUGAUUCCAGCCCCCCCACUAUGGAUGACUUCAACAACCAGCUCCCUCUUUCCCUCCCGCCAUCUCACCUGUGUUUCAGCAGCAUCAACCUCGAUGAUGACAAUGAUGACGAGGACGAAGAAGUGUCCAUCUUUGGCAUCAGCCUUGAGAGCGAUCAGGAACAAGACCAGGACCAGGACCUUACCAUCCUACCACCAGGUUGCAGCACAAGAAGACGUUCAAGUGCCAGCACAGUGGUCAUCCAGAAGGCCCUGCGAGGAAACCUUCGCAAAAUGAGCAGUGUUUUUAACUCUCUCCUGACACCAGAGAAGAGAGCAGUCCGCAAAGUGCGUGAGCUGUCCAAGGAUAAAAGCACGUACUUUGGCUCCCUGGUUCAGGAGUAUAUCAGCUACAUGAGUGAGGGUGCUGGCACCCAGGCGUGGCAGAGCUAUACCUCUGGUCUGGAGCUGUUGCAGACUGUACGUCAGUUUAUCACUCAGAUGAAGAGCUAUCUGCGGCAGAGCUCAGAGAUGGAGCCAUCGAUCGAGAGCCUCGUCCCCGAAGACCAGAUUGACCAGGUCCUGGAGAAGGCCAUGGUGAAGUGCGUCCUGAAGCCCCUGAAGCCAGUGUUGAGCGUGGCGCUGCACGAGUUUCAGGUGCACAGCGGCAUGUGGCAGGAGCUGAAGGACAACCUGUCUUUGUACAAGGCCCGGCAGCCACAAGAACUGGGUGUGGCCGACACAUUGCCCCCUGACUCUGUGGCCAUCGACAAGAUCAAAGCUAAGUUUCAGGUCAUGUAUAAACAGUACAACCCAGAGAAGAAGGUCACCACUCUGCUGAGAAUCUGCAAACUAAUCUACACCAUCAUGGAGGACAACUCAGGUCGUUUGUACGGUGCUGAUGAAUUCUUGCCCAUGCUGACUUAUGUGUUGGCCCAGUGUGACAUGCCUCAGCUAGACAACGAAAUCCUCUACAUGAUGGAGCUGUUGGACCCAUCGCUGCUUCACGGAGAAGGUGGUUACUACCUGACCAGUGCCUACGGAGCCAUGUCCUUGAUUAAGAAUUUCCAGGAGACUCGAGCAACCAGAGUCCUGAGCUCCGAAACCAGAAACACGCUGCGCCAGUGGCACCAGCGACGCACCACCCAGCGCUCUGCACCCUCUGUUGACGACUUUCAGAACUACCUACGAGUGGCGCUGCAGGAGCUGAACAGUGGCUGCACAGCCAAGACUCUGCAGGUCCCACCUUACGCCACAGUGGAGGACGUGUGCCAGCUGUGUGCCCUCAAGUUCCAAGUGCUGGACCCCGAGAACUAUGGCUUGUUCCUGCAGAUGGAUGGCAGCAGCCAGCAGCUGGCUCCAGACACCCACCCUCAGAAGAUAAAGGCUGAGCUCCACAGCCACCCAGAGACAGCUCCCUUCCUCUUUGUUUACCGACAUUUAGCUAACAGUGGCAUUCACUCCAGUGCAACACCCAACAACAAUCACCUCACCAUGACCCCUGACCCCAAAGACAAUCUGAACCACCAAUGCACAAACCUGUCCAACCCCUCCCCAGAGCCCAGAAUUGGCUCAGACCUCAGCCCUCCAUCCAGACACCUCAGCAGUGUCUCCAUCUCUGGUCAGAGCAUGUUACAGCCUGAACAACCUGUCUGUCUUAAGAUGUCUUCAAACACACUUCCAUGAGUCAAGACAUACACAUCAUGUUGACAGGGUCCAAAACAGCACGCUUUGCUAGUCUUCAUAAAGACCAACUUCUCCUUUCAGACCUGUUUCAGUCAACGUCCCCUCUCUGGAAGUUCUGUCUGACAGACUCAGGUGAAAGAGGAAAAGAGUGGAGAGAAGGAAACGAGAGAGAUGCAUUUAUUUUUACUUUGCCUCCAGAUAUGGCAUCAGAUCGGCACCUCUGUGAGUUUUGCCCUCACAGUGCAGGCUGCUGUGUUGCCACCUUCACAGUACCUUUAUACAACUCUGACAGUAAAUCACCUCGUGUACAGAUCAUGAUGCAU